UGGGAAAGAACCCAUCUUUGCAAAUAAUAAUACAAUUUUUGGAAUGUUUGCAAUCUGUUGGAAUAUCUUAUCGUUUAAUAUCGUUUAAUGUAGAUGCAAAGGAAUAUGUAAUUGGAUUGGAACACGCAUGUCAGAAAAAUCGUCAAUAGACAUUGUUAAUAGAACUUUGUGUAUGAAGGACGAUUUUGAGUGACAGUACAGUAUUUUUUAUGUCCUGUGUAUGAAGCUUAAAAAUAAUCCAGCAGCAAAUGUUCUACUCUUUCCCACUCAUUUCAUAUCAGUGCAGAGUAGACAUAUGGACAGGACUAAAAUGGGUUGUCUCAUUUCACAGGAGGAUAUUUAAAAAACGACCCCUUUGUGGCAACUCAAAACCAAGUGGGCGUUCAAAAACAUUGGGAAUGGGUAAAAAUAAGAAACAGGAUUGGAUUGGAUGUUUAUGACUUUAGGUAAGAUUCAGUUAACGUUGGACCGUCGACAGGAUGGUCAUCUCAAUGCCCACCUCACCGUCGCCAGUAGCCUACGUCAGUCUCCUCCCACCUCAUUUAUGCAGCCUACCACUAUACAUUGUCUAGCCGGGCAACUAAUUGGAAGAGGAGCAUCAAUGGCUGUAGAAAGAUAGGCAUCUGUACCUGUUAUUAUUCUAAGUAAACGACAAUUCAUCACGUCAGUGUUGAAACUGGUAACACUAGAGUAGGCGUAACCUGCUGAUGAACAUGACGACAUGUCAGCACUGAGAAGGACAGCUGAGAAAAAAAUUGCACGAUGCUUAUCUGUGUUACACUUAAAAUGUUCAGAAUGGGUAGGAUGCUGCAAGUCUGGUAUAUGUAAGGGUCCAGUUCACAGCCUGCAAAUUCUUUCCCUGCGAUGGACAGUAAAUUCACCGUCCACGCUCUUUAGAUCGCCUAUCGCUCGCUAUUCUUUGUGAGCAAUGCACGAGAGCUCCGAGAGAACGGGAUCUUGGGAUGUUGCCUUUAUGGAGAAUGAGGCAGAGGGCGUAUCAGCUAGGAAGGAAACUGGCAAGCAGCUUUGCACGUUGAGCAAUCAAGAAAUCUGUGCAGCAUGCCAGCAGAAUUUCCACAACCGCGAGCCUAUGCUGUUGCCAUGUCUUCAUUCAUUGUGCAAGACCUGUGUGCCAUUGCCCUGGCGGAGUUUGAUGGUCCCCGAUCAACCAGGAGCAUCUCCCGUCGAUCAGGGGUCGAAACCACUGAAUGUGAUCCGCUGUCCAGUGUGCCGGCAAGAGUUCAUGGAUGUGGAUGUGAUGGAGAACUUCUUUUUGAGGGACUCUGUAGAGAUGUCCAGUUCCACGGUUGAUAAGCCUUUUCAGCUUUGUAUGAGUUGUGAUGACAACACUGAGGCCUCUGGCUUCUGCGAGCAGUGUGUGGAGUUUCUGUGUGUCACCUGCAUUGAUGCUCACCAGAGGGUGAAGUUCACCAAGGACCACCAUAUCCGACAGCAGGAGGAGCUAUCACAAAUACUGGGGAUCUCCACACCAAAGCCAGUCUUCUGUGAUGUUCACAAACAAGAGCCCCUGAAGUUGUUCUGUGAGACAUGUGAUCGUCCCACAUGCAGAGACUGCCAGCUGCUGAAGCACAAAGACCACAAUUAUCAGUUUUUAGAAGAUGCCUAUAGAAACCACAGACAGAACAUGGAGGAAAUGAUUUGUCAGCUACAAGAGAAAAGGAAAAGCAUUGAAGACAUUUCGGACUCAAUAAAUAACGGGAUUGCUAAAGCUGAUGAAAACUACACAACAGUUCACAAUGAGAUCAAAACUUCAAUGUGCAGUUUGAUUUUAGAGAUUAACAGAAAGGGAAAGAUUCUGUUAAACCAGUUGGAGACUCUUACUAAGGAUAACCGCAACAGUCUUAGGAAGCAACAGCAGGAUGUUAGUUCCUUAUCCAGGCACUUGGAUCAUGUGAUCACCUUUACCAAAUGGGCCACUGGACACAGUGGUGGCACUGCUCUCCUCUACUGCAAACGCCUGAUUCUCUUUCAGAUUAGCAACCUGCUGAAGACUAAAUGCAGCACAGCAUUUGUGCCACAGAGCAUCGUGCACUUCCAAUGUCAGGCAGGAUAUUGGACCUCCAAUGUUGAACUCGGCUCUUUAAUGGUGGAAAACAUCCAAGGUCCUCAGCUGAAUGGCUUCCAGGGCAUCUACCCUGUGAAUCAUCUGGGGCAGGGCUACCCCGUAGGCCUCCCUCCGGGUACCUCCCAACAGCCCAAGCCACCGCACAGCACACUGGCUCAGCUCCAGAUGCAGGUGGAGAAACUAGCCAAACAGCAGCCACCAACAGCACCGUUGGCUCCACCUCCCCACUGGUCAUGGUCCCAGAGCGUGCCUCUCCCCCGGCCUCCAUCCAUCCGGCCCCCGAGAAGCUCGGCACCACAGGGCUUUCAUCCUAUGCCUCAGCAGGGUAGGGGGUUUAUGCCACCCCACUACCACCAGAUGAGUCCCAUCGGUGCUAUGAAAAGCCCUGGAUCACCAAGUCAGGCUCUCCAGAAUUUAAGGGGACUUGUGAACAGCCCUGGCUGUCCAUCCAAGCACAUGGACGUCAUCCAGACUCGGAGCGCACUUCUGUACUCCCACAGUGCACCUCUGCCUACCAGUGACAGACUGAGCUCUCCCCUCUCGCUACAGGAGAGGAAUGACCUGGCUUUCUCCUCACCUUUACUAAGGCCCACCUUUCCACAAACAACCUUUAUUCCAGGAAGUGUUGCUCCAGGAUAUCCAAAUUAUUGCAAACCUCCUUAUGCCCACCCUGACACAGAGACUAAGGUUCCUGUUAGGACUCAGCAAUUCAGCUCAGCUGCAAAGCGUCGCAGACACUCAUCUCCAGGACCCAUCAUCAUCAUUAAGGAUGAGCCUGACGAGAAGGAUGACGUGAGAUAUAUGCAAUGCACAAUGAGACCCAGUCUUCCGGACAGCACGGGGGAUCAAGGCAAUCGAAACAGUGCACACAAAGAUGGGUCUCACCACAGCACUGGGGUUCAAACUCUGGUUUCACAGCACAAAACACCGGACUGGCUCCUGCCUGCUCAGCCCAGGAGUACAGAGGAAACCUCGCAGGUUCCACAACAGGGUAUGACCGACCAGUCCAGUGUUCUGUUCCAAAACUGUUCCAAAACUUCUCAGCAUCCUGAGGCAGAUGAGCAAACCCAGGCCUCACGACCCAGCCCGGGGUAUCUCUCCUCCUCUGGUGGUUGCUAUAACGACCACACACAAAAGCCUCAGCAGAGCGCCGAGGUCCAGCCGAAAGGUCACAUUGAGAGCACCAGCAACCCACAGCCGUCCCAGGCCCCUUCAGGGAGGCAUACGACUGUGAACGAACCAGCAUCAGCAGAGGACCUCAGUGAAGACUGCUGCAGAGUGUGCCAGACUGGAGGAGAGCUGCUGUGUUGUGACAAGUGUUCAAAAGUGUACCACAGCUCCUGUCACAUCCCCCCUCUCCCCAAAUCGCCACGUGGGCAGUGGUUUUGCACACUUUGCCGAGACCUCUACACACCUGAGAUGGAGUAUGACAGUGAAAUCCUUGCAGAGACCACAAUGAAGAAUGAGGCCUCUUCCAUUAUGAAGCCUGUGGACAAAAGGAAAUGUGAGAGGCUUCUACUACAAAUAUACUGCAGUGAAUUAAGUGCAGACUUCCGGCUGUCCUUGCCCUCAACCUUCGAACCCAAACAGUGUUAUUCAAGUAAGACGCCAGUGCAGCUUGCAGUGGUGAAAAGCAAGCUGGAGUCGAAGCACAGCUCCUGCUACUACAGCCCUGCGGAGUUUGUUUCUGAUGUGAGAGUUGUCUUCAGAAACUACUCCAACUUUUAUGAGAUUCAGUUGUUGAGGCUGCCGCAGCAAGCCUGGAGAAGUUCUUUGAGGAGCAGCUGAAGAGUGUGUUUCUUGAAAUCGCAUUUCCUUAAGUCAAGUAUAAGGUGGGGGAAUUGACAGCCCAGACCACUGUUUCUUCAGAGACAACUACUAAAGUGUCUAUGUGCAAAGACUGCAGGCUGAAGGUCUGACUGUCCACAAUACUGUGAUCAAACCAGCAUACAGGGUACCAAAGGGGUCUGGUCAAGCCCAUGGUUUACCAUUUACAUUUACAUUUACAUUUAGUCAUUUAGCAGACGCUUUUGUCCAAAGCGACGUACAAGGGAGAGAAUAUGUACAAGGGAGAGAAUAUGUUUACCAGCACUCAGCUGUUCUACUUGGCAUCAAAUUAUCCGCAGCAUUUUGAGACAUUUUCUCUGGAUUUCUAGCUCAUUUACAACAAAGCUGACUUAAGGAAUGUAGCAUAAAAAAAAGACUUGAAAAGAAUGAAUGACGCAGGAAUUCUUGUAAUUGAUGUUGGCAUUCAGAUGGUUUAUUUACUGUUUCAUUUGUUGUCAUGCCAGAGCCACAACACUUUUUAAAAGGGUUCAGAGGAACAGAGACUAAACAUGCACAUGACUUUGCGGCAAUGUCUCAGGCUUGUGUUCUAGCCUUGAGGAUGUUCCAAAACAGUUGAGCUUAAAGUAUUCUAAGGAAAAGGGAGCCAAUGUCAAGUUAGCAUGACAGAGAGACAUAGCGAUAGCUGCCAUGUCACGUUUUCCAAAUCAGACUAGAGCUAAAUGCCAGACGAUGUCUGUUUGAUGUUUGUAAGACGCAAACACACAGAAAUGGUUCAGUAUUUUGCAUAAAAUGGUGGUGUUUACAAAAAGCACCCAUUCCCAUAUGCCAAUCCCAAUUUUAUUUAUAUAGCGCCAAAACAAUAAAAGUGUCUCAAGGCACUUUACAGAGCCCAGAAUUGUGUGGCUCAUACUGUACUGUGAGAGGUAGGAGGACAUCUCACAAAUGUUCACUUUCAAAGAUGGUCUAUCUUUUUAUACACCAUGGUUGACCUGGGGAUUCAUUUGACUUCGAUCUAGUGCAGAUCUUUUCCAGAAUCUGCUGUUUUGGAAAUUUCCUUACACACUCGGACAUACAGAGUAAUAAUCUCAUGGCCUUCCUGGCCCUUAAAAAGAUGAACUGUAAGUAGGUAGCACACAACGUCUUCAGGCUGGCUUCGCUAAUGAGAAAAAAAAAUGAUUAUUUUUUUUUUGCGCUUUUAUGGCAAGUACAUGUCUGGUAAAUAUUUGCGAGCAAAACAGCUGUAGUCUGUAACCAGAAGGUGAUGUUCAACAGAGGUAGUGAAAGAUUGUUCAUUUUGUAGGAUUAGCAUUGAGACACAUCAGCUAACUGUCACUUCUGUCAAAUCAGGGUUCAGGAUAGUUUCAUGUUUCAACACUAUUUUGAAAUCAUGUUUACAUGGUUGGAUGUAUUUUCUGACUCACAUUGUUAACAAUAUGUAAAGGAAUUAUUAUUAUUGAAUGAUUGCUUAAUGAAUGCAAACAUGGUGUUUUGUCCUCAUAAUUCGAUGUCUUAUUUUGUAAGUGACUGUGAAGUAAAGCAUGAGAUGUGAUGGGAAAUAUAAAAAUACUUGUGAAUACAU